UCUCUCUCUCUCUCUCUCUCUCUCUCUCACAUACACACACACACACACACACUGCCGGAUCUUUGCUGGGAACCAGACUCAAAAGGCGCACAGCCGGAGACGCAAUGUUGGUGAAGCUGACCGCGGCGCUGCUGGUUCUGUCAGUGCUGGAGCGGGUCGUUGGAUCGGAUAAUUUUGAUUUUCUCGAGCUGCCCGCGGAGAAGCCCGCGAGCCACAAAGGACGCCUCUCUCUGCAGAACACAGCUGAUAUCCAGCACUGCCUGGCGAGCGCUGGGGAUGUCGGCUGUGGCGUGUUUGAGUGCUUUGAGAACAACUCCUGCGAGAUCCGAGGGCUGCAGGAAAUCUGCCUGACGUUCCUGCACAACGCUGGCAAAUUCGACUCUCAGGGGAAGUCCUUCAUCAAGGAUGCCCUGAAGUGCAUGGCGCACGGUCUACGGCACAAGUUCAGCUGCAUCAGCAGAAAGUGCAUGUCCAUAAAGGAGAUGGUGUUCCAGCUCCAGAGAGAGUGCUACAUCAAACACAACCUGUGCUCGGCUGCUAAGGAGAAUGUGGCCGUCAUGGUGGAGAUGAUCCAUUUCCAGGAUCUCUUCCCUAAAGGUCCUUACGUGGAGCUGGUGAACAUUCUCCUCAGCUGCGGGGAGGAAGUGAAGGAGGCGCUGACCCGGAGCGUGCGGCUCCAGUGCGCGCAGAACUGGGGGGCCCUGUGCGACAGCCUGAGCCUCUGCUCCUCCCUCGUCCCGUCUCCCGCCAGCGCCGUCGUGGAGCAGCACCACCGCCACGCCUCGCCCCCCCACCCCGAGCCGGAGCACCACCCCCGCCCCCCGCGGCAGGGCGACAAGGACAAAGCCGGCAAGGCGGCGUUCGGCCUUCACCCGCGCAGCCGCGGCGGCCAGGGGCCUCGGCGCCACGGCCCAGAAACCGGAGCGGUGGCCGAGCAGGACGACCCCAAGGCCACCGACAUCCGGAGGUGAAGGCUCGAGGGACCUAUUGACCCCUUUCAACCCCGUCAAACAUUUCAAAGCCCCCGUUGCAGAUUUAUACACACAGUCACACACACACGCAGACACACACACCCACACAAACUCCUCGACAGACUGAGCAGAAGGAAACAAGCCCCGACUUUUCCUGUCUUCCUCCUCCUCUCCAGUCAUUCCAGCAGUCCCGUAAACUUGCAGGGUAAUUGUGGUGUAGACUUUAGGCCACAUUUUUUUUAAUAACAAAUGUUAUCAUGAUUAUUUCAGCUGUUAGGACUAUUUUGGCUCUAAUAUAGCAAGUCAUUACUUUCUCUAAGAUCUGAUUAUAUUUGUAUUAUUUAUUUUAUUCUUUAUGCAAUGUUAAAAAUUUCAAACUGUACAUAGAAAUAUACUUAUCUAUAUUUAUAUGAUCAUGUAUAAAUAUAGUUACAAUAUGCAAUACUGAUAUGCUAUUGACGACAAAGUAAAUGGUGUGCUAUCUGUUGUUCUCUUCACAGUGUUGCACCGUCACACACCGGUCUGUAGAUAUGUAAUAUACACCAUUAGCUGUUUCAAAGUGUGAAUGUGCGUUAUAGCUAUAGAUACUUGAUGAUUAAAUACAAGUUUUUGUCCAGUUCUGGCACAUAUGAGGUUUUAGCGCGUGACAAACUUGUGCAUUCUUAAGGAGGACGUCCACCCUAAAAGAGGAUGCAAAUGUAAAACCAAGACAAAAUGCAGGUCUUUUACGAAUAAAAGCGAUGAUAAAUCUUCUGUGAGCGCUUAAAACUGGUGAUGAUGAUGUUCGGCAUUGCUUUUUGAUUGGCAACAAAAAAUGGACUAAGAAACCAGACCUUUUAGUUCAAAGUAUUAUCGAUUUUGAAACUCUAGAGCACAAAGAUUCUCUUUUAGUCAACAUUGACAUCAGCCAAAAGAGGAUGAUCAGCUUCAAAUGUUAAAUCAUUAAGGUGCCUAAUCUCGGUAAUGUCCACAGUGACCGCUUCUCUGUGACCUAUUUGUUUAUCGUUAAGCUAUUUUUAUUUUUCCUGAUGAGCCACAAGAGUCUUCGAUUUUUGCACUUUGGAUGAUUGUCAGUUUGUGUUGAACUGCCUUUAGCUGGAGACAGAGAUACAAAUAAAGCAGAUAGUCUGGUCAUUUUUGAAGAGACAUUCAGUCAAAUACUGCAGUUAUUGAUCGUUAGUACCUUAUCUGUGUGAAGAAGGGAGCAGGAGUCUUUGUCCAGGCUAGGCUAAAAGCAAGGCUAAUGGCUAAUGACUCAACAGGAGGCUAACCAAAUGUAGUCCUGUUUUUCCCCUGCAUUUUUGAGGCCUUUAAAACAACUUUUUCAUAAAAUGGACAUAUUGGAGUAACAUAAUGCUAUGUAACUCAAAAUCAUACAGUUUGGUGCUGCUUUUGCAACAAAACAAUGCCCAUACGUCACUACACAGAUCUAUAGAUUAUAGUAUAUGCCAUUUAUAAUAUACUGCAUGUAGAUGCCAAUUAAUAUUAGAUAAUGUGGGAGUUUUUUUAAACAGUUAGUUAUACAUAACUCUAAGAAAUCAUUAAAAUGAAUCAAUCAAAAGUGGCCCUUCAUUUGGCUAGCCUAACCUGGACGAUAACUUUGGCUCUUAUAGCCAUACCCUUGGGCGGGGCCACAGGGGCAUUGGCCCCUGCUGCAAUUUGAUUGCCCCCCUUGAAGUGCCCCUGUCCUGUCACUCAUCUGUCCUUUGCCCACGAGUGAUGAUGCUGGGCGCAGUUCCGUGUCUAAACACUAGAGGCGCUAAUGAGCCAAAUAGAAAACUCCAGCAUGAAUCAAGCAGACAGAAGCAUUUUUCUUUUCUUAAAAUUUGAAAAAUCAUGUAGAAAAAGUAUUUUAACUCACAAAUGUUGGCUGGAUUAUCUCAGAUGUUGUGUGUUUGAGAGUAUUUCAUCUAUGUAUUGUAAAAUGCAUGUACAAUUGGUAAGGAGAAUUUACAGUGCAAGCUGAUUUAAAAUUUCAUAACAAGUGUUUAAAUGUGUGACUGUUUAAAUGUAUACACCUUACCAAAAUCAGCGAUUUGUGUGCAAGGAUGCUGAACAAAUACUUGGCCCCUCUACGAAUAUUGUGGCCCCUUGAUGGCCCCUUACUCAGAAAAAUCCUGGACCCGCCACUGUUUGUGACUGAUGUCACGGCUGAACAGAUGCAAACUGCUGAUGACUUUUUUUGACUGAACAACACUCCAAAAAUGAGCAGAAUGUUCCUUUAAGAGAAGAGCUGCCCUUUAAUUAGAGGCUAUGUUUCAUUUGGGCAACCUGGUUUCCUUAUCAGUGACAGGUCUUGCAUCGCCACAUGGCUCCUUUAGGGCCAGGUUGAGCCUCACCCCCCCUCACUAACCCCUUCUGUACUUGAGCCAUGCUGUCCUGCRCUGGCAUCCCAGAGGGCAGGAAACAGGCUUGAAAGAAACCUUCCAGAUCUCUGGCUGUCUCUAAAUUAGCCCUUAUUCCUCUCUGGUCUUCGGGGCCAGACACGAAGGCCUGUUAUUUUACCCCUUUUUAGAGCCACAGGCAGGCAGAGCAAGGACCCAGGAAAUGUGUUAGGUCUGCACACAGGGGCCCUGGUGUUGUUAUUUCUAAAUGUUACAUUUACUGAGGCCACCAGAGAAUUCCUCUGGGCCGCUGCCAGGAAGCAGGCAAACACAGGGAGGCAAAGAGGAAGAAAGCAAAGAGGGAGAGGGACACGGUCUUAACUUCUCCUCUUACUCUUCUUCUCUUGACCAUUUCAGGGCAGUCACAUGCUUCAAGCUGAAGAAGCACAGCAUGUGAGCCCAUUACACUCCAUGCUGAGGUGGGCUCUGUGCGAAAAGCAAAUAAAACUCACAUUUUGUGGCUCAGUCCUCAGUUUUUCUUUUCCUUACAUGCUUAAAGUCACGUCUUUUUUAUUUCAUCUUCUACAAAAUAUUUAAGGACUAUUAUAAGCAAGGCUUUUCAGGCUUUUGUUGUUUUAUUAUUGUUUUUUUUUUCAGUUGUGGAAGUUGGGAUUGCUGUGAAAUCCCAACAGAAGACAUAAGCUAAUCCUAUUGAGAAUGUACUGUAAGUGUUUUAAAGUGACAAUCUAUUCAGUUCUGUCAUUGGGUUUAUGUAUUUUUUUGUAAUAAUGUAGCUUGAGUGGCUUUAUGUAUGUGUUCAAAGGAAAAUAAAACUAACCAUGUCCCUGUA